AUGGAAAAAGAAUCGUUUGUUGGCAACAUUUCGGAUUUCUACACAAAUGAGGAUAUCGUUGCAGCUCUGAAAUUGUUAAAACAUGAAAUGGAAUUGUUAAAAAUUGAAAAAUUCCAGUCGCGCGGAAAUACGAAAAAGGAUAAAUUAUUUGACUGCGUAAAUUUGUUCAAAUACCUGAAAACAAAUAACUAUGUGGAAAAAUGCUUGAUUUUUGUCAGUCUGAAUAUGGCAAAAAGCGCUCAGUUCGGCCUGGCAUUGAAAGCAACGCAAGUUGAACUGAAAGCGCUAAAAACCAAAAUAAAUAACAUGUUGAAAUCAAGAAAAGUGUGCAGCGACGCAAUAAUGAAAGAAAUCGCAACUGAAAAUUCAAACAAUGCAAGUUCAAUUUCAACUGUUCAACCGCAAAUUUUAAAGACUUCAGAGGCGGGAACAUUCUUCUCGUGGUGA